AUGUCGUCACCCAAAACUUUCCGGACAGACAUGGAAACGUAUUUUGAUCAGCACGGGCUGAAGGACUUGUUCUAUGACCUUACUCAGGACUUAGCCUUCCACCGGCCCAAAGACCCGAAGAAAUUCUUGCGUGACCGUUUAGCUGAGAUGAUGGGGGUCGUGAGCGAUCAGAAAGAAGCCGUUGGCGAGGAGAUGGAGCGAUCCAAGGAGAUGUGCUACCUUAAGUUGUACAUCGAGAGCUCUGGGGCGAAAGGAAAAGUCACAAGGCACUUCAGUCGCAGAGAGGCAGGGAAGAAUGUAUCGCCAUUUGCUUUGAAUCAUUGGAAAAUGGAAGCGAAUUCCAAACUGGAGGAGGCCGUGAAUGAAUCGAUGGGCGUCCAAGCAAACCUCCCGAAACCGCAGGAGGAUGUGCAUCCAACGGAUUUCUUGUCUCUCCUUGCGGAGCUUAACAGUGCGAACGAUGACAUUGAAGAUACGGACAAGGCAGAGAUUCUUCUCGAGAACGACAAACUGAAGCAGGACAUCGAGGCGAUGAAGUCUCUUAUCGAUCGACUGGAAACGAAAGUUGAGUUUGCGAAAUCUUCAAGGAGGCGGUUGUCAAAAGAGACCAACGUUUCUACCACUUCGAGGCAGGACAUUCAUUCCUACUCCAUGGAGAGGGCCGCCCAAGGAAUCAGCUACAAGAAGAAUAUCGUUUCUGUGUGCGAUGAGGCACCCCUUUCUGGUUGCUGGCUUCGAAUCAUCUUUGUCAAUGAUGUGUACGAGCUCAAGAACCUGCCACAGUUCGACUCGGUGAUAAGACAUCAUUACAUCCCCAACACCAUCGUCAUGCUCCCCGGCGACUUCCUCGCCCCAAGCCUCCUCUCCAGCCUCGACAAGGGCAAGGGCAUGAUGGACAUGCUCAACCGCGUCGGCGGAUGCGGCGUACAGUACGUGUGCUUCGGCAACCACGAGACGGACAUCCCUGUGAGCGACCUGCGGGAGCGGAUCCAGGAGUACAAGGGGAAGUGGAUCAACAGCAACAUGCGAGACUUCCAGCCCUCACUGCCGGAGUAUGACGUCAUCGAGGUCAAGGCGGGCGGGCAGACGCGACGGGUUGGGAUCAUCGGGCUACUGACCAUCGACAAGAACCUGUACCAGAAGGGGGCUUUCGGGGGAGCGAUGGAGACGGCAGAGCCGGUGUACGAGACGGCGGCGAGGCUGCGGAAGAAGCUGCUGGAGGAGGAGGGGUGCGACGUGGUGAUCCCGAUGACGCACCAGGUGAUGGCAGAGGACCGGGAGAUGGCGAGGCUGAAGAUGGGCUUCCCGCUGCUGAUAGCAGCGCACGACCACGAUCCUUACAUCGAGACGAUCGAGGGGUGUACGAUCGUGAAGACGGGGAUGGACGCGGAGAAUGCGGCGAUCGUGGACAUCUUGUGGGAGAGCGGGGAGACGCCGGGAGAGAGCCCGAAGAUCAAAGUGGACCUUGUCAGAUGCGACGACUACAUUUCUAAUGAGGAGCUUGUUGAAGUGGCCAGGCAUCACAAUCGGGUCGUGGAGGAGCUUGAGAAUGCGUUCUUGUGCAUCAUUCCUGAAAACCUGAAACCAUUCGCCUCCACUGGAAUCCGGAGAUCUCAGACGACAGUCGGUACUCUGAUCACUUCGUUGUGCAGGGACGCUCUGGGUUGUGAUGCAGUUGCAUUGGAUGCCGGAUGCAUUCGUCGCAACUACGAGUAUGGGUCUGCAGAGCAUUUUACUUACGGCGAUCUCAAGAAAGAGGUUCCGUUUGACUCGGAGAUAUUUGUGGUUCCUAUCCAGGGAAGUAUCCUCCAGGAAAUCAUCAAGGCUUCUCGAGCCAGGAGCAAGUAUGACCCGCCGCAGGAUUGGGGAGGUUACUUGCAGAUCGACGAUGGGAUGGAAUGGGACGACAACAACGAGCAACUCCAGAAGGUGAAUGGAGAACCGUUCUCAGCCGACAAAGUUUACCAUGUCGGUUUGCUGGAACUGUCGAUCAAAGGAAUGAAUCGAAACCAGCCUAUCAUCGACUGGGCUAACGCCAACGCUGAUAAGAUACCUCACAAAGAGCAGCUCCGUCCAGCUAAGGAGCUAGUGGUGAAGAUGUGCUCUACGAUGAUAUGGGAGCAGCUUGCGGACUGGGACUCAUUGGAUGCAGACAAAUCAGGUUUCAUCGAUCGUAAAGAGGUGAGAAGGAAGUUGGCGCAAGUGCUGGGCAAUGAGAACCUUCCUGAGAUCGUUGUAGACAACGUGAUGAAAGUUGUAGACGAGAACAGCGAUGGGAUGAUCGACUCAAACGAGUUCUCCAACUUUGUGAGAUUCUUCAAACAGAUGAACAGCUUCAAACUCCAUUCGGAUUCUUGCUCCCUCAGAAUCAUUUGCAUCAACGACGUGUACGAGCUCAAGAACCUGCCUCACUUUGACUCAGUCAUUCGUGAACACCAGAUCCCCAACACCAUCGUCAUGCUCCCCGGCGACUUCCUCGCCCCAAGCCUCCUCUCCAGCCUCGACAAGGGCAAGGGCAUGAUGGACAUGCUCAACCGCGUCGGCGGAUGCGGCGUACAGUACGUGUGCUUCGGCAACCACGAGACGGACAUCCCUGUGAGCGACCUGCGGGAGCGGAUCCAGGAGUACAAGGGGAAGUGGAUCAACAGCAACAUGCGAGACUUCCAGCCCUCACUGCCGGAGUAUGACGUCAUCGAGGUCAAGGCGGGCGGGCAGACGCGACGGGUUGGGAUCAUCGGGCUACUGACCAUCGACAAGAACCUGUACCAGAAGGGGGCUUUCGGGGGAGCGAUGGAGACGGCAGAGCCGGUGUACGAGACGGCGGCGAGGCUGCGGAAGAAGCUGCUGGAGGAGGAGGGGUGCGACGUGGUGAUCCCGAUGACGCACCAGGUGAUGGCAGAGGACCGGGAGAUGGCGAGGCUGAAGAUGGGCUUCCCGCUGCUGAUAGCAGCGCACGACCACGAUCCGUACAUCGAGACGAUCGAGGGGUGUACGAUCGUGAAGACGGGGAUGGACGCGGAGAAUGCGGCGAUCGUGGACAUCUUGUGGGAGAGCGGGGAGACGCCGGGAGAGAGCCCGAAGAUCAAAGUGGACCUGGUGAAGUGCACGGAAUAUCAUGCCAAUCAAGAGUUGGUGAAGAUCAUGCACGAGCACAAUAGACCGCUAGAGGAGAUUGAGUCGGCUUACUUGUGCGAGAUCGAUCCGGGCAUCUCCCUCAAAUCCACUCAGAUCAGAAGAUCGCAAACCACUGUCGGAACUCUGUUGACGUCACUGGUCCGCGACGGGCUCAGGCAGACAGCCGGGAACAAGGAGGCCUGUGAAGGCGUAAUGAUGGACGCGGGUGCGAUACGGAGGAACUUUGAAUAUCCUGAGGGGUACAGCGUUUUUACCUGGGGAGAUCUGAAGAAAGAAGUCCCCUUCUCUAGCGAGAUAGUUGUCGUCAGCAUCCCUGGUCAAAUCCUAGCAGACGCAAUUCAAUUCUCACGCAAACGAGCGUACUUCGAAGUUCCAGAAGACUGGGGAGGAUUUAUGCAGCUUGAUGAUGGAUUCACAUGGGAUGAGGAGACAAGGAGUAUUACCCAUGUCAAUUCUGCUCCGUUGGAUCUCAAUAAGGAAUACAACAUCGGCAUACUAGUUCUGUCCCUCCAGGGAAUGAACAAGAACCAGCCACUGAUGGACUGGUGCAAUGCGAACCCAAAGCUUGACUUUGUCUUCGACGAGGCUGGGCGACCUGCUAAAGACAUCAUCAUCGACUGCUGCGCUAAGAUCAUUCUGAGCCAGCUGGGAGCGUUUCACGUGGUCUCUUCCAAGGAAGUCACAAAUCUGAUGAACAAGAUCGACGUCAAUUCAGACGGGUUUAUCUCGCGGGAUGAGUUUGACAAGGCGAUUGCAGCAAUGACAUGA